AUGAAGGCCGUUAUUAUCGAAAAGACCAACUUUGAGCCCACCUACCACAACGCCAAGUUGACCGACAUCCCUAAACCCGAACUCACAGAGGAAGGUCAGGCUCUGCUGGACAUCCACGCUGUCUCUUUCAAUCAUCGCGAGCUUUGGAUCCGCAAGGGACAGUACCCUGGCAUCGUCUUCGGCUCGGUCCUGGGAGCUGAUGGUGUUGGCAGAAUCGCAGAGGUCAAGGGAAAAUUUUCUAAGCACAAGGUCGGUGACCGCGUUGUCGUCAUGCCUUCGAUCGGCUGGACCAAGGACCCUAGGGGCCCUGAGGAGGCGUUCUACAUCCUUGGUGGCGGACAUGCUCAAGGCAUCUUUUCGGAGCACUUUGUCGCGCAGCAGGAGGAUCUCUUCAAGGUCCCUGACCACUUGACUGACGCUGAAGCUGCUGCUCUCCCUCUGGCUGGUCUGACAGCAUGGCGUGCUGUGUUCACCAAGGGUCAAGUCCGUGAGGGCCAGAACGUGCUCAUUACUGGAAUUGGCGGAGGAGUUGCUUUGUUGGCUCUCUCCUUCUGCGUUGCUGCUGGCGCCAAUGUUUAUGUCACCUCGUCGGACGAUGCUAAGAUCCUCAAGGCUGUCAAGCUUGGUGCUCAAGGAGGUGUCAACUACAAAGCUGACAAGUGGGGUUCCCACCUUCAGAGCCUUACUCACGGCGAGCCCUUUGACGUUGUUAUUGAUGGUGCUGGUGGUGACGGUGCCAAGGUCUUUACCCAGAUCCUUCGCUUGGGAGGCAUCAUUGUCUCCUAUGGAAUGACUGUCAAGCCCAAGGUCGACUAUACCAUGGCUGCCGUCUUGCGCAACAUUGAGAUCCGUGGAAGCACCAUGGGGUCGCGCGCUGAGUUUGGCGAGAUGGUUGACUUUGUUGCGAAGCACAAGGUCAAGCCUGUGGUCAGUCAGGUCUGGCCCGGUCUUGAGUCUGCCGAGGAGGCGUUCAAUGUCAUGAAGGCUGGCAGCCAGUUUGGCAAGCUCGUGUUGUCCUUGAAGAACAACUCCAAGCUGUAA